UUCCAAUUGCAAUCUAUAUAUAACAGAACGGCAUUCUCCUUUAAACUUUCGUUGCUUUCUGCGGCAACAAGAUGAUCGAACUAACUCUGGAACUGAAAGCUUAAGAUCUUUGAUCUAUCAAAAAAUUAGUUCAACAUUUUCUCCAUAGCAUUGCAUCGGAUUGGUACAUAGCAAAUUUGUGACAAUUCAUAUAAGCGUUUGAAUGAACAAUGGAUCCCCAGGAAGGAGUAUCGGAGAGAGAUAAGGCAAAACCUACGUCUUCUUCUACUCCCCUUGCCGCUGUCUCUACCUACUGGAGAGACUUUGAUUUAGAGAAAGAAAGGAGUAUACUGGAUGAACAAGGUCUUAGAAUUGCUGAAAAUCAAGAUAUCAGUCAGAAGAACCGCCGGAAACUUGCGGAGAGCACUCGAGACUUUAAAAAGGCUUCAAAAGAAGAAAAGUUGAGCUUAUUUAACUCUUUGCUCAAGGGUUAUCAAGAAGAGGUUGACAAUCUUACAAAGAGAGCAAAAUAUGGGGAAAAUGCUUUUCUUAACAUUUAUCAGAAACUUUAUGAGGCACCAGAUCCCUACCCGAUUAUUGCUUCUAUUGCUGAAAAGGAUUCAAAGAUAUCAGAAUUAGAAUCUGAGAAUCGAAAAAUGAAGGUUGAGCUUGAAGAAUUUCGCAUGGAGGCAACUCACUUGAAAAAUCAACAAGCAACAAUAAGAAGACUUGAAGAGCGUUGCCGUCAGUUAGAACAGCAGAUGGAGGAGAAAGUCAAGGAAGUUGUGGAAAUUAAGCAACGCAGUUUGGCAGAAGAGAACCAGAAAACUCUUGAGGUUUUAAAAGAAAGGGAACAACUAUUGCAGGAUCAAUUACGGCAAGCUCAAGAAAGUGUUUCGACCAUGCAAAAGUUGCAUGAACUUGCGCAGAGCCAGUUGUUUGAAGUCCAUGCACAAUCAGAGGGAGAGAGGGCAGCAAAGCAAUCAGAAGUCAGCUUGUUAAUGGAUGAAGUUGAACGGGCUCAGACUCGCCUUCUUAGUCUUGAAAGAGAAAAGGGAUUGUUGCGCUCACAGUUACAGACGGCAACUGAAGAUAAUGAUCACAAGAACAGCGAUAAUUUGGAUGCAAAUAGUGCUCUUGAGACUUCUCUGAUUGCCAAGGAGAAGAUCAUUUCUGAGCUAAAUACAGAACUUCAUAAUUUGGAGAACGCCUUAUCAAAUGAGCGAGAACAGCACAUGAAUGAGAUAAAGAGGUUGAAUGCGCUGCUUAAUGAAAAGGAAGUUGCUCUUGAGGAACUGAAGAAGGAACUUCAAACAAGGCCAACAACAAAGGUGAUUGAUGAUUUGAGGAAGAAAGUUAAAAUCUUACAGGCAGUGGGUUACAAUACAAUUGAGGCCGAAGACUGGGAAGUUGCUACCAGUGGAGAAGAGAUGAGCAAACUUGAGUCCUUACUUCUUGAUAAGAAUCGGAAAAUGGAGCAUGAGCUGACACAGUUAAAGUUCCAACUUUCUGAAAGGACGUCUUCAUUGGACUCUUCGGAAGCCAAGAUUGUAGAAUUAACUGCAAAGCUUAACGAACAACAACGAUUAGUACAGAAGUUAGAGGAUGAUAUUCUAAAGGGAUAUAGUUCUAAAGACAGAAAAAACACUCUAAUUGAUGAUUGGGAUUUGUCAGAGUCUGGAGGAAAAGAGGCAUCUGAGAAUGCAGAACAGAGGCAUGUUUCAUCAGACCAAGAUCAAAACUCUAUGCUUAAGGUGAUUUGCAACCAACGAGAUCGCUUCCGGACUCGCUUGCAGGAAACUGAGGAGGAAAUUAGACGGCUGAACGAGACGAUAGGGGUGUUGACCUCAGAACUCGAAAAAACAAAAGCAGAUAAUGUCAAACUUUACGGAAAGAUCCGUUAUGUUCAGGAUUAUAAUUCUGAGAGAGUGAUCUCAAGAGGAUCAAAGAAGUAUGCAGAAGACCUAGAAAGUGGUUUCAGCUCAGAUGUGGAAUCCAAAUACAAGAAGAUGUAUGAGGAUGAUAUUAAUCCAUUUGCAGCAUUCUCAAAGAAGGAAAGAGACCAGAGAUACAAGGAUCUGGGUUUGAGAGACAAGAUUACUCUCAGUAGUGGACGUUUUCUUCUUGGUAACAAAUAUGCCCGUACGUUUGCAUUCUUUUACACCAUUGGGUUGCACAUUUUAGUGUUCACCUGCCUAUACAGGAUGUCAGCUUUGAGUAACCUCAGCCAUGGAUCUGAAGAAUCUUUUGUUGGAGACAAGACUAUCAAUCUUCCUCAUGCCCUAUAGGUCCUCUUCAAUAUGUCAAAAUUUUGAGUCUUUUAAGUCCUUGCAAUCACGUGGGAAACAUAGGAGCUCUGUAUAAACAUGUAUAGGUUAAAAAUUACACAUUAAUUGGUUAAUUCAAGUUUGAUUGUGCAUUAAAAAACUACCAAAUCCUGGUACAGCGGAUUUCUUCUUGCUCUCUAGUGUUGUUUCUUUCCACGUGA